AUGGGGCGAUUCGGGGAUCCCGAUUACCAGUACGCGCUUCGCGACGAAAUAUUCAGGCGAACGCAGGGGGAGUAUGAAAUCGCGGCCGACUAUUUAACCUGCCUAAGGGCCUUACUUAGCCGAAUGUCGCCACCCUGGGCCUUGGAAGAACAGUUGAACUUUGCACACCGGAACAUGCUACCGCGGAUGCAAAUAGCGAUUCGACGGCAGGAGUUUAGAGACUUCGCGACUCUCGAAAACCUAGCCACGCGCAUGGAGAGAAGCCUGCAAGCCGAAAAACACUACCGACCCCCGUUACCGCCGGAACAAUCCCUCUUUCCGGAUUUGGCAUAUCACGCACCGAAGAAUAAAAAUAAAAACGCCGCUACCGUCGCUACCGCUAAUGUUACCGCUAAAAGGAAAGAGAAGAAGAAAGCCGCUAAAACCCCGAACGUGAAUACCGCAACUACCGAUACCGGUACCGCUACCGCUACCGCUAUGGCUGCCGCUGCCGCUACCGAAUCAUCGACGACCGCGCCGGAAAUAUUGUUACCGCUGCGGGAGGCGCGAUGCAACCGUACAAACCUGCCCGACAUGCUCGGGAAACGAGAAUCGGAGCCAGUAGAGAGGGUCCCUACGACUCCGAGUCCCGAAGGCGAGACCCUAGUUACCGCCGACGAUACCGUAGGGGACGAUACGCUACUGCAGUCGUAUGUCACCCUGGGGAGGGAGGAGCUACCGUCACUGAAAUUCUUCAAAAUUAAAAUAUACGAUUACACUCUCGCGGCCCUCGUGGACUCGGGGUCCAAUCGAACCCUACUGGGCCGCGAAGGAAUAAAGAUUAUCCGUGAAUUGGGACUGGAUACCGAGAGGGGCAGGGGGAUACAAAACAGAACAGCGAAUGGACAAAUCGCAAAUAUAAGGGAAGAGAUUAAGGUACCGUUAGAACUGGAGGAUCAGUGUCGCGAAAUUACCGUUGCGUUGUUACCGAAUUUAGCAGUUCCGUGUAUUCUGGGAUUAGACUUUCUUACGAAAUUUGGAGUAACAUUAGACUUUGCCACUAACGGAUGGUAUUUUGCCGAAUCGCCACACAAGAAAUACCGCUUAGUUACCGAAGUAGAUCCAAAUGAGAGCUCUUGUUGCGGGAUAUCGGAAUUAACUCCCGCACAAGAAAAGACUUUAGAUUUUUUUUUACGGACGUUACCGCAAACAUCAGAUAACCCCGGUGUGACCACGCUUACCGAACAUAAGAUAGACGUGGGGGACAGCCCACCCAUUAAACAGCGUUGUUACCUCGUAUCGCCUAAGGUUCAGGAAGCCAUACGUGCGGAGACUGAUAAAAUGCUCCAGGCAGGGAUCAUCGAACCGUCUUAUAGCGAAUGGUCGAACCCCAUCGUAAUGGUGAAAAAACCUAACGGAAAGUACCGCUUUUGCUUAGACUUCCGAAAAGUAAAUGACGUAUCUAAAAAAGACGCAUAUCCGUUACCGAAUAUAAAUGGCAUUCUCGACAAAUUACGUUCGGCUCGCUAUAUAUCGACCAUUGAUCUGAGUCAAGCCUACUUCCAGAUACCGUUAGCUAAAGAAAGUCGGGAGAUUACCGCAUUUAGUGUCCCAGGGAAGGGACUUUUCCAUUUUACGCGAAUGCCGUACGGACUUACGGGAGCACCGGCAACCUAUAAGGGAACGCCGCUCCCGAGGAGGUGGCGUGCAAAUUUGGCAGUGUCGGUAAUUGGCGGUAUCGGGAUCUCAAAAUGGCGGUACGGUAUCUUAAAAUGGCGGUAA